GAGAGCAGUCUGAUGAAGCUUUCCAAGUUUGACACCUUCUGUGGGCUAAAAAGGAGACCAACAAUAUUGCUGUGAUGGAGUCACGGAGGACCAGAAAAUCAAUACUGCUAGGAUUUUACCUCUGGGUGACUUUGAGCUUUCGAGGCUGCCAUGGUGGAAUAUAUCAGAGGAAGUUGUACCGGGACUUGAUGGUCAACUAUAAUCGACUGGAACGACCAGUCCAAAACGACUCUACACCCAUCGUAGUGGAACUUGGUCUCACUUUGCUACAGAUCAUUGAUGUGGAUGAGAAGAACCAAGUUUUGAUCACAAACGCGUGGCUUCAGCUGCAGUGGACAGACGUGUACCUUACAUGGGAUACAGAGAGUUACCCUGGUGUUCAAAACCUGCGAUUCCCUUCUGAUUUGAUAUGGACUCCAGACAUUCUCCUCUACAACAGUGCCGAUGAAAGGUUUGAUGCAACUUUCCAUACAAAUGUACUGGUCAAUGCUUCAGGUUCCUGUCAGUAUAUCCCACCAGGCAUCCUGAAGAGUACCUGCUACAUCGAUGUUCGCUGGUUCCCAUUUGAUGUACAGAAGUGUGACCUAAAAUUUGGCUCCUGGACACAUAACGGUUGGUUGCUUGACCUCCAGAUGAUGGAUGUGGACAUCUCCACCUACAUACCCAAUGGCGAGUGGGAUCUUGUUGGUGUGCCAGCCAAGCGGAAUGAGCUCUACUACGACUGUUGCAAAGAACCAUACCCUGAUGUGACAUUCACUGUCACCAUGCGCCGUAGAACACUUUACUAUGGCCUCAACUUGCUUAUCCCAUGUGUGCUCAUCUCUGGUCUGGCCCUGCUGGUUUUCCUGCUGCCUGCAGACUCCGGAGAGAAGAUUUCACUGGGAAUCACUGUGCUGCUGUCUCUAACUGUGUUCAUGUUACUGGUGGCAGAGAUAAUGCCUGCUACAUCAGACUCUGUUCCCCUGAUUGCUCAGUACUUUGCCAGCACAAUGAUGAUUGUAGGCUUAUCCGUGGUGGUGACAGUUCUAGUUCUCCAGUUCCACCACCAUGACCCCCAAGGAGGGCAGAUGCCAAAAUGGGUCCGACUUAUUCUCCUCAACUGGUGCGCUUGGUUCCUACGCAUGAAGAAACCUGGAGAGGAAAGAAAAAGUCAAUCAGUUUGCCCUGCCUAUGUGUAUCCACACCCUCCUCCUCACCACACCAGCACCAACAGCAUUCAGAUGAGCACCAUACCUUGCCAGAGCUCCACCCAGUCACCUAACACAAAUGGCAACAUUAACCUACACCUCGGAUAUCAUUCCAUGGGAACAGACAACCCUUCUUUCCCACCAAGCACUGAUCCGACUGUGCUAAUGUGCGGCAGCAGUGGAGGUAGCGACAGACAUCUCACUGGUUCUGCCAUCUACCCAGAGCAAACACGGACUUUGCUGCUGGAACAGCUCCCGGAAAUGUCUCGGAUCCUGGAGGAAGUGCAGUAUAUCGCCAGGCGCUUCCGAGAGCAAGAUGAGGGCCAGGCCAUUUGCAGCGAGUGGAAGUUUGCAGCGGCGGUGGUGGAUCGCUUAUGCCUGGUGGCCUUUUCGCUCUUCUCUAUCAUCUGCACUUUUACCAUCCUCAUGUCUGCUCCCAAUUUCAUUGAGGCGGUGUCCAAAGACUUCACAUGAAGCGGAUUGUUACUCUAUGAACAGGAAAGAGGAAAAAUGCUGCCAUUGCUUAAAUAUUCAGAAACUGCUCAACAUGCUUCCAACACCUGGAAACCUAUAGACCUACAAGUGUCUCUGACAUAAAGUAUUUCUGUUCAGACAUACCUGUUUUCGUUUAUUUGCUGUAAUGUGGAAACUUAAAAGAGCACAAUCUUACUUUAUCUCAAUUUAUUUAGCACCACCAGUACAGAGUUUUGCAGUCACCAUGCACUACUUACCUUUUUACUUUGAAACAUUGAAUAUUUAUUGUAACUUCUUGUUUUAUAAUAUUCUAUUAGGGUUUGAUAUUAUCGUAAAAUCAUUCACAAAUACACUCUCAUCACAUUAACAUAAAAUCAAGCAAAUUUUGAGGGGUUUUUAAGGUUUAUAUUAUUAUCUUUUUGUAUUUUUGUGAGUUAUCAUCAUUAUAAUUGUCAUUAGACAACUGAAAAAAACAUUUCAGUUUGUUUCAUUGCACCAGAGUCCUAAUUUAAUUUUUGGACUCAGUCCAUAUCCAUUGAUGUUUAUUUUAAACCACAUUCUCCUCUCAUUCUAUUAAAUCCUGCAUGUUGUAAGCAAACAAGGGGUAUAUUGAUCCAUGGCAAUUUUAAGAUAAGUCAUAUAUGUAUCACUGUGAAAAGAGUUUCCUUUUUUGGCCGUCUGGGUUGUCCCUUAGAAAUUGGGUGAGAAGCUUGGUCAGAGGGCUCAGGAGGGGCUCAGAGAAGAGCUGCUGCUCCUCAGCAUCGAGAGGAGACAAAUGAGGCUUACGGGGAUCUAACCAGAUUGGUGAGGUCUUCCCGGCUUGUACCACCGGGAGGAAGCCACGGGGAAGACCCAGAACAUACUGGAGAGAUUAUGUCUCCCGGUUGGCCGAGGAGCACCUCUGGAGUAGUGCUGGAUGAGAGGGAGGUCGAGGCUUCCCUGUUUAAGCUGCUGCCCCUGCGACCUGACC